AUGAGUGCGGCCGGUAAUUUUGUUAGAAGAUUACUCAGCAUUUUCCAACGUCAAGUCAUCAAAUAUCCGUCAAAUAUGCUGCAACAACGCGCUCAACGACGCCGAAAAGCUAUCCCUAACGAGUGGAAAGCAGCCCUACGCGCUCAACACCGAAUCAAUCACCAUCUCACGCAUCAAAAUUUGAGAAAAUGGUUUGAAGAUACAUACAAUCAACCAAUCGAUCGAGCUACAGUAACACGAAUCCUUUCGUCGAAAUACGCGUUCAUUGACGAGCUCCAAGAGUAUCAAUUGAAGGAUAAACGACGCCGUUUUGAGCAGUGGCCUGAGUUAGAGAAGGCUGUCAUGGAUUGGAUAAGAUUAGCUGAGACCGAAGCUCCUAUCUCACAGGAAGCUAUACGCUACAAAGCGCAGCAAUACUGGGGACAUCUAUAUCCUCAUGAUCCUACACCAUCAUUUAGCAAUGGCUGGCUAUUUGGAUUCCAAACACGGAAUAAUAUAAAGAGCAGAAAACAUCAUGGAGAAGCUGCAAGCUUAUCUAUAGAUGCUGCAGAUCAAAUGAUCAAGAUUCGUCAACUUCUUGCUUCAUAUCCUCCACAAGAUAUCUUUAAUUGUGAUGAAUCCGGUCUAUAUUGGAAGUUAUUCCCUGAUCGGGGUCUCUCAACACGUUCCCUGCCCGGCCGCAAGAAAGAUAAGGCACGAAUUAGUAUUCUUUUUGCAUGCAAUUCGGAUGGCUCGGAGCGAAUCCCUCUUUGGGUUAUUGGCAAUGCAAAAAAGCCACGAGCAUUUACUCACGCUCAUAUUGAGCCUCAUAAUCUUGGUAUCCAUUGGCGGUCUAAUGGGAAGGCAUGGAUGACUUCGGAUAUCUUUAAGGAAUGGCUUUAUGCGUUCGACGCGCAAAUGGCAGGCCGGCACGUGGUUCUAUUGAUGGAUAACUUUUCUGCGCAUGAAGCUGCAGUCAAGGAGGUCACCGCAGAUCUAAAGCAUACAGUUGUUAUAUGGCUUCCCCCUAAUUUAACAACAAAAUAUCAACCUCUUGAUCAAGGGAUUAUCCGAGCUUGGAAGGCUCUAUGGAAGCGACAGUGGGUUCGAUAUAUUAUUAACGAAUUCGAUCGUGGAAUUGAUCCUCUAUCUACAAUGACAAUCCUUCGUGCCGUACGGUGGGCAGUUAAUAUAUGGGAAGAUCAAGUCACAUCAACAACAAUUACCAAUUGCUUCAAGAAAGCUCUUCAUGAUGAGACUGAGGAGGAGUUUGAGAGCGCGUUAUUGAUACAUAAUUUGGAGAAUAGUCUGCAGGAUCUGAAGCUUACAAACCGGGUUCAAGAUGUCAUGGAUAUCAAUCAAUUUCUGAAUCCUCCAGAUGAGCAAGUCAACGAUACAGUGAUGGAUAUUGAUAAUAUUGUUCUAAGCCAAUUCGAACUCCCUCAGACUGAUGAGCUGGAGGAAGAUGUUGUUGAGGAGCCUAUUCCACUCAUUACAUCCCAAGAGGCUUUACAAGGCCUUUAUACUCUUCGUCUUUUUGAGGAGCAACGUGAUAAAGCCGAUACCUCUUUUAUUCGAGUUCUUACCCGGUACGAAAAUCUGCUUACAAAGGAGAAAGUUGCUACGCAGCGUCAAACAGAUAUCCGUCGCUUUUUUAGAUAAUGGACGACGCAAUCACGAUACAAUACUGGAUCCGCUUAAGCCUCGUUAAUUUCCAUUUGGAUUUACGACACAAUAUAAUUUGAAGACG